AAUAAACGUGGCGCGAACUUGUGUAUAAAACGUAUGCUGGUACAUUGGGAACACGACGAUUACUUCCCAUUUGGGGUCAAAGGUCAUCAAAAUGGCGGCCUCCAUGAGCGGAACAACGCUUGCUUUGGGAGGAGCAGUUUUCAUCGUGCUGUUACUUUUCCUGAGACUAGUAAUCAUUCUGAGGAGCCUCGGCAGAGGGAAGUUGAGUCGAGGAAGCAAUGGGACGAGAUUGAAAGUCUUGGUUAUCGCAGGAUCAGGGGGACACACAACUGAGAUUCUGAGGCUACUCGGCAGCCUCAGCGACGCUUACUCACCGAGGGUCUACGUCCUAGCAGACACGGAUAAGAUGAGCGAAGAGAAGAUUCGAACAUUCGAAGCCGGAAGGGAGAAGGACGGAAGAAAUUCUGAGUUCAGCCUGGAAAGAAUUCCCCGGAGUCGUGAAGUCAGGCAGUCCUACAUCACCAGCGUUGCCUCCACCCUGUAUGCUGCCCUCUACUCCUUCCCGUUAGUCUUCAGGCAUUCCCCAGACUUGAUUCUAUGCAAUGGCCCCGGAACAUGUAUACCCAUCUGUGCAGCUGGAUUUUCUAUGAGAUUACUGGGGCUGAAAGCAGUACAGCAAGUCUACGUGGAGAGCAUGUGCCGCGUCCAGACCGUGUCUCUGUCCGGUCAAAUCAUGUACUACUUUGCCGAUCAUCUCAUAGUGCAGUGGCAGAGUUUGAAGGAGAAAUAUCCAAAAGCUGUCUACCUAGGGCGGGUAGUUUGAUAAAUAGAUUGAUAUUGAUAACAAGGUUUUUAAAAAUUUGCCAAAGUUAUAAACCUUGCAAGUUUGGGUGCUUAUGCCUUUUUGCCAAUUUUGUUUUGCUAGAGCUUAUGUAUCACGCAAUGAAUACAUUUACAGAAAUAAUCAAACGGCCCCCUAACGAGGUGCCAUUAGUUGAUUUUGCAAACACACAUUUUUACCACCGUUCUUCUAGGGAAUCAUCAUGUCUUGGAAUUUUCUUAUUUGUAUGUACUUUUUUUUUCUUUCAGUACAGAAAUCUACUGUUGCUAUUCACAAAGUUUUGCCUUUGAACAGUGCCUUUGUGUUGGUCAGUCACAGUUGAAGGAAAUAGAUAAAUGUAAAUAUUAAAAAAAAAUGAACGAAAAAUUCAAAGUGGGAAUAUAAUGCAGGGAUAUUUUUGUCGAUGUGAGUGUUUUGGGCAGAAGUAGCUAAAAUAAAUUACUCCUUUUUAGUGGGUAGAGUGGAUUAAGUGUGAUCAUUUGUGAGUAGAAUAUUAUUAACGAUAUCAGCAAAAAAGUUAAAGGAAAGGCAAAGUAUUGACCCUCAUUUUGAUGUGUAGGUUGAUUGUUCGAAAAUUUGGGACCCUCAAUGCUGUGUAUAAGAGUCCCAAAACGUAAGGUACAAUAUUAAAAACAUGCAAUAAAAGAAAAUAGACUGGCACAUGAACAAUCAGUCCCAACACCCUUUUGGUACUGUAUCAGUCAACUGUAUCAAAAGAAACAUUUGGUACCAGUCUGUAUUUCUACACAUCUCUCCAUAGUCUGCCACCAGACUCCUGAAGAGGUCAGUCUUUUCCAAACAAUUGGACUUGCACCAGUCCCAUUCUUCGGCUUCAAAGUGAAAUCACUUGGCAUCACUCUCAGGUGCAAAAUGUCGAAGAAAAGUCUCCUUUAAUAAUUGAAUUGAGACUUCAAACUUGGCUGGUGAAAUACUGAGGACCUUGUAUUUGCCUCAUGAAAAUUGUGGAGAAUUUUGUCAGCUAAAGAGUGAGUAAAGUUGGCCCGAUUUUGUUUUGCAAGUUUUUCUGCACUUAAGGUCUGUGUGUGUGUUGAUGCUCUGAAUUAUUUCCCCCAUGUAUAUUUUAAAGUUGAUGCCUAUGGAGACAGGUGAAAGUAAAACUGAUUUUAUUCCGUCUA